UUUUGGUUUGGAAUGUAUGUAGAUAUUUAAAGUUUCCCAAAAAUCCUGCUGGACACUGAAUCUGGAUUCUGGAGAAGAGAUCAUUAAAUUCCGAUUUAUUUUGAUUAAUCACCGCAAUCUUUAAAUUAAAUGAAGGAGCCGCAACAGGACACCCUUUAGAGCAAGAGGCUUAUGGAAUAUAAAACUUAAUAUUUGAUUUGAAUCCAGUGGAUUAUUACAUAAAUAACUUAACUCACUCCAUAAGCUUAGUAUUAUUGAGUCCAGGAGAUCUACAAGUUCCUUUAUUGUUAAAAAAAAUGGACACUAGGAUACCCCCGUAAAUCUUUACUUCCUUGAACAAAUUCCGUGGUAAUAUGAUCCCGUUUGCAUGGAAGACGUAAGUUAACGUAACAAGAUGCAGCAGCAAAGGGCCUCCCCAAGGACCUCCAUGGAGGCCAAGGAGGAAGGAGAUCCGGGACCAUCUGGGCCUCCAACAAGAGGAAGACCAACAUCAAAACUAAAAGUGCUCGGGCGUAGUCACGCUGUCCACGAACAAUCUCCUCCAAGAGAACCAUCGUCUGCUGCUGCUGCUGCGGGAGCAGGAGACCCUCCUCCAUUACAAUCCCCGCCAACCGUGGUACUAUCACCGUCACCGCCUGACGAGGAACGAUGUGCAAUCAGCGGUAGUGCGUCACCAAAUACUUUGGUAGCCACGCCGAACUCUAGAUGUUCUCCUCUUUGUGAUAACCCGGGGGCCUACGAAAGGUUACACCCCGUAGAGGGUGAACUGCCUCCGAGUCCGAAAUAUGUUAAUGCCAAAGGUGGUGGUGGUGCUGGUGGUGGCACUUCCAUGCAACUGAACAAAUCUAGUCAAGUGGGCUCUAGAAGUAAAAAAUACUGCGAGUGUCAAAACCAAAACUGCAUAAAAUGCUUAAAGGAGCGAGGAGGAAAUAAUAAUAACCAUAGUAAUGCCGUUAAUAAUAUGGGGAGCCCUAACACGCUUUAUCCCGGUAAAAAUAGAGGGAAACUGAGGCAACAAAGCUCCUCACAAACCAGUUUGAGCUUUGACAGUUCGACGGGGAAUAGUCCGUGUUUAUCUAGAGAUAACAGUGCAGAUUAUUACACCGACACCACUGGGGUAGACUUAGAGCAAUUCAUUCCGGACACGAUAAACAGAAAUCCGAAAGAUAGGGCUCUCAUGUUACGUAUAGAGGAAGAAUUAAUUGGUCUAGUCAACGACAAGUUUCAAACCCACUAUAAAUUUCCACCAAUGACGAGCUACCAUCGUAUGCUGGUCCAUCGAUGCGCCGCUUACUUUGGUAUGGAUCAUAACAUUGACCAGUCGGGCAAGUGCAUUGUAGUGAAUAAAACGAAAAACACCAGGAUCCCCGAUGUUAGAUUUAAAGAACAUAUUAAAGAAAUGUUUAACGAUGAUCCUCCUAGAAGAUCGAUUCUUAAACGAGACUCGAACAGUAUUGAGGACUAUUGUUUUAAAAGUCCCGAGAGGGGAGGCUACGGUUUAGAUGGGAGAAGAAGCAAAAGUUUCGAGGAACGGGAGGAGGAGUACGAGAGAGCGCGAAGACGGAUUUUCAGAGGCGACAUGCACGACUCUUCAGAGGAUUUCGGCUGGUCCGAGAUCCAAUGGUCGAGCACAGACAGCGAUUAUGCACGAUACAGGCUUCAUCCUCCGGAGAUUCAAAGCAGGCAACUUAGGAAACUCUUAAAGGUUCAUUCAGAAGAAACGGAACAAUCGAUGCGACCGUGCGUCGCGAAAAGUUACAGUUUCGGAGGCUACGGGGGCAGCGUGUCCAUUUUAACUAGAGGCGAUAGUGUUAUGUCUACCCAUAGCGCACCUGGACCCAGGCUACUCACUAAACAAGAUUCAGGAGCAAGUUCGGUGUCGUGGCGCCUUAGUCCCUCCAGUUCCGGAUACAAAUCCCAAUCGCAGAUGUCUGAAUCGGUGACUCCGAGUCCUACUUCGACUCCUCACCCCGCUGGCGAAGGAGAGGAGCCUUACAACAGAGGUUAUAUAAACAAAGGAAGCAACCAUGUGGUUUGGGCUGUCACCGAUUUAAAUAACGUCCCCAAAGGGAGCAUUAUUAUAAAUCCAGAAACUGGUAAGCCAUACAAAAACGAGGACGGCACGAUAUAUUAUUACGACCCUAUAAAACCAGCACCUGGAAUUUUAGCUGUGGAUCUCCCCACUUCCCGUUCCACCGAGAAACUCGAGGAAUCUCGCACUAUCGAGAAAGAGAAAGCACCAGUCUUAUCAUCGUCAUCGCCCAUACAUGAAAAAACAUCCAGCUCAAAACAGUCUCCCUCGAAAGUGAAAUCCAGUUUCACAAAUACGGCGACGAGUCCCAGCUUGCCUUUUUCACCGCCCCUAUCGACUUCUUCCUCUGUAAUAAAUUCUUGCGAUAGUGCCUCGAACUUGCCCCAGCCACACUACCAAAACUACCCGAACGUUUCUUCAGAGGGCGCCAUGCCUACUGUUUAUCCGCAGCCCUACAUCGUUUACACUGCCUCACCUUAUACUCACAUGCCCAUUCAACAAUCGUAUGACGCCCGAAUGGAUCAGCCAAGUAUGGCAGACAUAGGCACCACGUAUUACAUGCAGGAGGGAGGUGGACCUGCAACUGCCCAACCGAUCGCGUAUCAAACGACGCCAUCGGGACCAUACUGGAACCAAUCGGCGACACCCGUUAAUUUUUAUGCCGCAGCGGGACCGCCCGCCAGUCAGACCCCGCCACAUCAAAGAUAUUCGGUGCAGGUGCCACCACAAGGACAGACGGCAUACGUUCCUGCCGGGUAUCCCGCUACUGUAAACUACGUGACGGCACCACCAGGACCUUCCCAUCAAAGUCAAACUCCUCCAGAAAUGAUGCCUGUGUAUCCCAACCACCAUCAUCAUCAUCAUCAACCUGUACAGAUGGUAUAUCAACCCAAUCCACCAGGUGCUGCUACUGCUGCUGCUGCCACUGUACUUUAUCCAAAUCAACCAUCUCUUAUUUAUACCAAUAACUCGGCGAUCUACCCUACAACUGGUUAUGGUACCCAAAGUAUAUCCUACCCUCAGGGGGGCACCCUUACUCCGAGCGGUACCUCUUCCGUACCGAUCACGCCAUUCGACACCGCCACUCCAAACGGUUUCGUUCAGUUGACUCACGGAAUGCAACAGAUGAAUUUAGGAGGAACCAAUCAAGCCGGGAACCCACGGGGAUUCGUGCCUGUGAACGCUAAAUGCAUGACAUCAUUCGAUACCGCGAUGCGUCGCAAUUCCCUCGCGAAGCAACAGUCGCAUUACGGGGGUGGCAAUGUGGGGACGGCGUCGAAACAGUCGCAGCGACCGCCGCCGUUCGUGAUAGGCGGCGCGGGGGGCGGCAUGUCCAUGGGUCAGAGUCACAGCGGGAGCACGGGGGGAACGAACUCGCCCGCCGGUACCGUCGUUGCUCCCGGUUAUUGUCCCGCGCACCAGUACCAAACUCCGCCGCCCAGUACUCCGCCCACGCCGCAGUUUAUUUUUAGUCAACCGGGAUACGGACCGAGAUUGAUUAGACAGAUGAGCGGCGAAAGAGGACCGACUCCCGGCACGGCUAAGAGUAGCAGAUCCCCCACUCCCGCUAGUGACGUUACUCACUUAGAAAGACAACGGUUCACCUUUCCCCCUAAUAUCUACCACGGGAUGCCCAUGCCGUAUAUUGUACAAUCAGACCCUCGUCUUGUCGGUCGAGGACAGCCGAACGUUUAUAGACAGCCGACCCCGCCCAUCGUCCAAAAUAGGCCGCCGUUCACUUUCCAUCAAGGGUUUUAUAAUAACCAGAAAAACAGGAAGCCAAAAGUGACUAAACCGAAUAGUCUACCGCCGACGGGAAAGUAGACACCAUCCUGUUUUUUUUUACACUUUUUAAAUUAAAACCGUAAAUUAUCGUACAUGUAAACAUCGAUACCGUAGGCUGUCCGCGAUUUUUAUUUUCUGUUACAAUAAAAAGUGAGGUGCCAUGUUCCUUAUUUAAAAUUUAGAUUCUAUUGUUUUUGAAAAAUAUUUUCAAAAAAAAAAUCGUUUGUGCUGUGUUUUUAUUUAAAUUAGCUUAACCCUUAAAAAUGCUCAAUUUUUGCUGUAUUAUAAUAGAUCUGUACGUGCGCACACUUUUUUUUAUAUAAUCAUUGUUUCGAACGCUUUUAUUAAUAACGUCUCGCACACAUAAGGGACCUAUUCACUUUGACAAAUAAAAGUUAGCUUAAGCACAAAAAAAAAACAAUUUUUCUUAUUAGGACGUUUUGACCAAAGACACUUGAUUGACACAAGAUAAUUUAGAUGUUACGUUCAAAAUCACAUAUUGUAAAUUUUAAAGGACUAAUUAAUUAUGAAGAGUUUUGUCAAAACUUCCGCAUACUUUUUUUUUAAUGCUUAUUCCCUACUCUUAGAAUAAAACCUUUUGACAAUCUUAUACUUUUCUGUACGAUAAGUUGGAUUAAUAAGGGAGUUGUGUAUUUGCUUUUUUUUUUUUACUACACCACGUUCACUUCGGAACGUUAGAAAUUCAAUUCUUACGUCGUCUCACUGCCAAAUUUCUAAUUGCUUUUAUUAAUCCAACGUAUACUUAGUAGGCGGCUCACUGAUCUCAAUCUCGUUUUUAUGGUUAAAACUCACCUUAUUGAGCCACCCUAUACGCCUCUUAGUAUUAUCAUUAAUUAAUACGCAGUAUUUAUUUUAUAGACGUCCACUGUGGUGGGUAACUUUUGAGAAAACAAAGUUUGAUGAACCUGAUUUUAUAAAAUUAUAACGGACUUAAUUUAUGUAUACACGAUUGGGAAUUUUUUUCUUAAUGAAUUUAAAGUUUAUUGACAAGAAUUAAUAAUAUAAACUGUUGUUGAAUUUUAUUAGUUUGUGUAGCAGAGCUUUUGUAUUGGAAUAUUGGUGUUACAAAUUAAGAAAAUAAUGCUCCCCCCGAUUUCUCUUAGUUGAAGUGUUAUUUUUUUAAUGCAUUAACCUUUUUUCUUUAACGGUCCAAGUUUAUACAGGGUGUUUCAAAUUCGACCCUCAAUAUGGGCUUAAUACCUCAACAUCGAGCUUAACAGUAUGCCGUUUAAAAAAUCCCUAAUGGUUCCGAAUAUAUUCGAAAAAAAAUCGAAAUUUUGAAAAAUCGAUCUUAUUUUCACUUUUUUCGUGCCACCUGAUGAUGUUUUUAGAUUUUUAAUAAGACGUUUCAUCUUUUGUCAAUCAUAUUCAAAUCGGUUUUUUCUUAUCGGCACCAUAUUGGAUUUUUACAUUUUUAAAACCUGUGCAAAGUCAUUUUAUUAACGAUAUAUCACAAGCUAUAUUUAUUUUUGGUAAAAACCCGAAUUUUUGGAAAAAACUAAAUUUGCCACAGUUGUCUGUGAUAAACUAACAAGAGAAUAUAUGAGUACACUAAAUGCAAAACUCGAAAAAAAUUUGCAAUAGAAGCAAUUUUUCAGGAAGCGCAAAAAUCUUUAAAAAAAUUAUUUUUAGUGUUAUGUAGUUGGGAAAAUGUUUGGUGGAUGAGUCUAUCUAAAUUCUUUCGAUUUGUGUUUACUUUUUAAAUCAUUACUUAUUUAUAAAUAAGAAAAAAGGAAAUAAUGUUUGAAAAUACACAGUUUUGCAUUUAUUUUUUGCAAAUACCAAAAACUAUGUUUUGUGAAAAAGUUUAUUAAAGAAUACAACACAAAUUCUAAAUAAUUUUUAAGAACAAAAUUUAUUUCUCUAAAUUCCUAUUUUUUAGAAAAAUGCAAAAAAGUACCAAAAGUCCUUAAACAGGUUAGAUCCUAAGUCCUUCAUAUUCUUCAAUGACCACAUUAUUAUCAUUUUCAUUUUCUUCAUUUUGUUAAUCUUCUUCAGCUCCUCUCUGUUGGUAAUUAUGAACUGCGUUCUGAAGAUCCUUGUAAAAUUCCAAUUCUGGAUUGCUAGCCCAGUCCAAUCCAAAAUGAUUCUUUAGUCAAUUAAAAAUAGAGGACUGUUUUCUCUAUACAGGACUCUAGCAAUUUGUCAGUAAAAUAUUUGGAAAAAAAAUCCAAGGGACAAAUUUCUUACCUCGGAUUGAGAGGGUUGAAAAAAGUGAAUUGAAGGUGACAUUUCAUACAUUCAUUUUAUCCACCUUAUAUCUUUUUUUUUUAUAUAGGAUUUUGUGAAUCAAAAUACUGCUUGGCAUAUUCAGAGGCUGUCUGGCAAGAAGCAACUUCAGAUUUUUCGGAGCUUACACUCGGGUCUGGGAUGGCUUCAUUGAAUGAAGAAUCUUCCAAGUUAUUGAGACAAGGGUUAGUAGGACUCUCAAAAAGUUCAUCUAAAAUACAAGAAUUUGUUUGCAAUAACUCGAAAAAUAAAACUAUUUUUAUGUUAUUAUACCUCUUGAGGAUACAUUAUAGAACAUGAGUUCAAACAACUCGUUGUCCCCUAAUGGUUUAGUCCAAUAUCUGUCAGUCAUGACGUACACUAUAAUGUACAUAAUUUUAAUUCAUCAUAUCUACUUAUCGAAUAAUCUUUUUGCAAAAUACUAUUAUUUUGUGCUUACCUGAUCUAAUAAUUAUUAUAAUAAAAAUAUCUAACGCCUUUUUGUAAAAGAAAUAGCGUAAAAAACUUUGUAAAGAUUAAAGAAGCACGUGUCUAAAGAGAAUAUGCUGGGCAACACAAAUAUCAAUAUUAUCAAACGUUCAUAUUUGUACUUGACGCGAUAUCUAGAGAAUUAAAGUAACACUACAAUACUUUCGUGUACAACGUUACCAUCACCUAUUCGAAACCAGCUACACGGAUUAAAUCUUAUGAAAGUAGGCGUACACUGUAGUGUACACCAUAACUUAAAGGGUUAAAACCACACGUGGCAUACACAAAAUUAUCAUUAAUUUCCUAUCUAAUACUAACAUAAAGUAUGACAAAAAUAAUAGUUAAAACCAUUAACCAAACAAGCUGUUUAACCCAAACGGGCUUUUCAUGAUUGGCUUCUUUUCAAAUGCAGUUGGAUAAAUAAUUCCGGCGAUAGUAAUUUAUACACUGAGACUGAAAAAAGAAAAAGUUAAGCUGACCGCUAGAGGCGAUGCCAAGAUAUGUAGGACAAUUGAAAACUGAAUACACUAAAAAUUGAAUAACUAGGAAGGAAGAUGGGUAUUACAAGAUAAGUGGCUUAAAGUCUGUGGUUCUUGAAGCGUAGAAAUGUUCCAAAAAAAAAAACACUUUUUUUAACAACACAAAUGUAGUUUCCCUUUUGGUUAAUUGGCGCGUCACUAAUCCUUUAUUUCCCAUUUCGGAUAUUAUAAAAUGUGAUGAGAUGCCUCCUCUCAUGGCGAGUAGUAGUUGGGCCAUAUUUAGCAUAUUCAGUACUUCUGUGUCAUUGUAAUUAUCCAAAAUACUCAAUUUAUAUGCUAUUUGGUUUACAAAUUUGUCUUCAACUAGUUGCAGAGCAUCAAUAAAAAAUUAGAAGAAACAUACUCUAAAUGACCCGGGUACAGUAGAGUGUUUUUAAAUCGGCAGUAUUUGUGAACUCUUAAGUAGACUUCAAGCCAAUAAAACCAAAUCGAUUUAAUUUAUACGAUAUAGAUAUUACUUGUGAUACAUCAUUAAAAAGAAAAUUUUGCAACGAUUUUUAAAAUGCAAAAAAACCGAAUAUAGCGCCUAUCAGAAAAUACAAAAUUGAUGAUGGUCGGCAAAAGACGAAACGUCGUAUUAAAAAUCUAAAAACCCCAUCAUGUACUUUUUAAAAAUUUCGUAUUUUUUCGAAUGUCUUCGGCACUAUUCUGAAUUUUAAGUCAAAUUUGAAACACCCUAUAUAGAGACUUUUUAAGCGAUCAAACAUAAUUGUUAUGUGCGCGACAUAAUCCAUCCAUCAUUAUUUCCUUCGUUUGUUUCGCUGACUAAAAGUAUGAUUAGGAUGACGUAUGUAGUAGUCAUGUACUUAGUAAUGCCACUUGUCAAUAUAUAUGUCUUAGGACCCUGAAAAGUUACAGAUUUAUUAUAUUGAAUUUUUUACUACUGUCUCUGUAUAUUAAAAGUUGUUUUUAUCCUUGCGAGUUGUUUACAUAUAUUGUAUACAUAAUAUAGAAACUUUCCAGUUAACAAA